GUCGUCCACCAUCAUCGGUCAAAUAUGUGUGUAACGUACUUUACGUGUCUCCCGUCCGGACAUGCGCAGCGCGUUAACGAGUCCGAUUGCAAGAUACGCUUGCGACAGGCCAUCCGUAGAAGUCUCAUCCAUCCAUCCAUCGCCCAAAUAUCCAUCCAUCCUUCCAUCCGUCCUCGAAUUCGUACCUCUCCAUCCAUCCGAACGUUCCAUCCACCACCUUGUGAUAUCUUAUUCUACGUCGUCCCCUUGGUCUCAAUAUGGCAGCAGUCAAACCAAAGCAGUUCCAGGACAAGGAGAAGCCCACUGAGGUUCGAGCGAGUAAUAUCAUCGCUGCAAAAGCUGUGGCAGAUGCCGUCCGAACGAGUUUGGGACCGAAGGGAAUGGACAAGAUGAUUCAAACAGGAAAGGCCGGAGAAAACGUCGUGAUUACAAAUGACGGAGCAACCAUAAUGAAGCAUAUGUCUGUCCUGCAUCCCGCGGCGAAGAUGUUGGUGGAUUUGUCCGCAGCACAGGACGUGGAGGCUGGAGAUGGAACAACAUCAGUUGUAGUUUUGGCAGGAAGUCUAUUGACAGCCGCAGAACGGUUACUUGAGAAAGGAAUUCAUCCAACAAUUAUUGCCGAGUCGUUCCAGCGCGCAGCUGGAAAAGCAACUCAGUACCUUACUGAAAUGUCCGUAAAACUGGAUCUCAAUGAUCGGGAAUCACUACUGAAGAGUGCAACCACCUCGCUUAGCUCAAAGAUUGUGUCUCAAUACUCUAGCCUUCUAUCUCCUAUCGCCGUGGAUAGUGUUCUCCGCGUCAUUGAUCCCGCAAUUUCUGACAAUGUGGAUCUUAAAGACAUCCGGCUAGUCAAAAAAGUUGGGGGUACUAUUGACGAUACGGAGUUGGUGGAUGGUCUGGUCUUGACACAGAAUGUGAUAAAAAGCGCCGGUGGCCCGACCCGUAUUGAAAAGGCGAAAAUUGGACUGAUUCAGUUCCAGUUAUCGCCUCCUAAACCUGACAUGGAGAAUCAAGUCAUUGUCAAUGAUUACCGUCAAAUGGAUAAAAUUCUGAAAGAGGAGCGCCAGUAUCUUUUGAAUAUGUGCAAGAAGAUCAAAAAGACCGGGUGCAACGUUCUUUUGAUUCAAAAGUCCAUUCUUCGCGAUGCUGUGAAUGAACUGUCAUUACACUUCCUGUCGAAGCUGAAGAUUUUGGCCAUUAGAGAUGUGGAAAGAGACGAGAUCGAAUUCAUUUGCAAGUCUACUGGCUGCAAACCGAUUGCCGAUAUCGAAUCAUUCACCGAAGACAAACUUGGGUACGCAGAUGUCGUGGAGGAGGUCGAGAGCGCUGGGGCCAAGGUGGUCAAGGUGCAGGGAGUGAAGAAUGCCGGGAAGACUGUGUCAGUCUUGAUCCAUGGUUCCAACCCAUUGGUCCUGGAGGAAGCGGAAAGGUCUUUACACGAUGCUCUUUGUGUGAUUCGGUGCCUCGUCAAGAAACGUGCGCUCAUUGCUGGGGGCGGUGCUCCGGAGAUUGAGGUUUCUCGUCGAUUGAUGGAGCAUGCCAGGACGCUAAAGGGCAUGGAGGCCUAUUGUUUCCAAGCCUUUGCCGAAGCUCUUGAGAUCAUCCCAACCACUUUGGCGGAGAAUGCUGGAUUGCACCCGAUUGCGAUUGUGACGGAAUUGCGUAACAGACAUGCCAAAGGCGAGAAAACUGCCGGCAUCAAUGUCCGCAAGGGGACAAUUUCCAACAUCUUGGAGGAGAAUGUCGUACAACCGUUGUUGGUAUCCACCAGCGCCAUUGAGCUUGCAGCGGAAACGGUCAAGAUGAUUAUGAAGAUUGACGACAUUGUUGCUGUAAGAUAAUUUUGGCUGUAGAGAUUGUGAUCUUUGGCUUGUUUGUAUAGUGGUAGUAAAUAAUACCUUCUUCCUGUAAUGUGUGUACCAUCCCAGGGAAAUACCUUGGAGCAGCAAGCUAAAUGCAAGCUAAAUGAAACUGGGCACCACUCCCAUCCACCAGUUGUGGCCCUCCA